GCUGGCGGAACAAGAAGGGGGACCGGAGCCCCAAGAGUGAAGAGAAUAGCCGGCCCUUUCCCAUGCAACUUCCCCAAUGUCAGACGCGGCGGCAACGGCGGCGGCUCAGCUCUGAGCGGCGGCUCCCAUCCUCCCCAUUCAACUCUCCCUCUUGGUCUCUCUUUUUUUUCCCCCCUGCUACAGGGGCGCGACUCCCAAACUGCGACCCCGGCCUGCCCGGUUAAAAAAAAAAAAAAGAGGGGGAAAGAAGAGGAUCCGUGGGUGGUUUCCAGCGCGAGUCGCAAAAAUGACGAGCCGGGGUCCCCCGGCCUGGGCUUCCCGGCGGCCCCAAUAAAGCCCGGGCGGAACAGCCUCGUAUGAGGCUAUUCCGCGGCCCAGGGGGUGCCUCCGCCAGGCUGCUGUGGUGGUGGUUGCUGAGCAGAGGAGCCGGAGACCCAGGCUGGCGAGGGGAGCCUCUCGAGAUCCGCCUGGGUCUCUUCCGCCCAGUCCCCUGUCAGACGCGCCCCCCUUCUUGCACCCCGUGGGAAGGGAAGGCAUGUCUUCUCCCAGCUCCGUGGACAUGAUUGAAAACCCCCCGGUGCUCAACUUCGAAGAAAUCGACUACAAAGAGAUAGAGGUGGAAGAGGUUGUUGGACGAGGAGCCUUUGGAGUAGUUUGCAAAGCAAAAUGGCGGGGAAAAGAUGUGGCCAUUAAGCAAAUAGAAAGCGAAUCUGAACGGAAAGCCUUCAUUGUAGAGCUUCGACAGUUGUCACGUGUGAAUCAUCCUAAUAUCGUCAAGUUAUAUGGAGCUUGUUUAAAUCCAGUAUGUCUUGUAAUGGAAUAUGCUGAAGGAGGUUCUCUCUAUAAUGUCCUACACGGUGCUGAGCCUCUACCUUAUUAUACUGCUGCACAUGCAAUGAGUUGGUGUUUACAAUGUUCCCAAGGAGUAGCAUACCUUCACAGCAUGAAACCGAAAGCACUCAUACACAGGGACCUAAAACCACCAAAUUUGCUCUUGGUGGCAGGAGGGACUGUUUUAAAAAUAUGUGAUUUCGGUACAGCUUGUGAUAUUCAGACUCACAUGACCAAUAAUAAGGGCAGUGCUGCUUGGAUGGCACCUGAAGUUUUUGAAGGUAGCAAUUACAGUGAAAAAUGUGAUGUAUUCAGUUGGGGUAUUAUUCUUUGGGAAGUAAUUACUCGCAGAAAACCUUUCGAUGAGAUUGGUGGUCCUGCUUUCCGGAUCAUGUGGGCAGUUCAUAAUGGUACGCGGCCACCACUGAUAAAAAAUUUACCUAAGCCUAUUGAGAGCUUAAUGACUCGGUGUUGGUCUAAAGAUCCUUCACAGAGACCUUCCAUGGAGGAAAUAGUCAAAAUAAUGACACAUUUGAUGCAGUAUUUUCCAGGAGCUGACGAACCUCUACAGUAUCCCUGUCAGUAUUCUGAUGAAGGCCAAAGCAACUCUGCUACUAGUACAGGUUCAUUUAUGGACAUGACUUCUACAAACACCAGUAACAAAAGUGAUAUCAACAUAGAAGCAAAUGAUUUUCAAGGAACUGCUACGAAUGAUACCAUUAAACGUUUGGAAACAAAAUUGGCCCAACAGAUGAAAAAUUCAGCAAAGCAGGUGGGAGAAUCCGGCCGUUUGAGUUUACCUCCAUCUCGUGGUAGUAGUGUGGAGAGCUUGUCAGAGGUUCGUGGGCGACCACAGUCAGCUCAUGUUUCAGGAGAAGGCAAGCGAAUGAGUGCUGACAUGUCAGAAAUUGAAGCAAGAAUUGCUGCUUCUGCAGGUAAAGCCUUUUCCAAACCUAAACGAGGCCAUCGUAAAACUGCUUCAUUUGGCAACAUUCUGGAUGUCCCAGAGAUCAUCAAACCAGCAGGCAACGGACAACAGAGGCGCAGAUCCGUUCAAGAUCUUAGUGUAGCUGGAACAGAUUCCAACCAGAAUAGCAGAAACAGCAGUAGAUCAUCUAGUCCUAGUGUGAGAAUGAUCACUACCUCGGGACCAACCUCAGAAAAGCCUGCUCGUAAUCUACCAUGGACCCCUGAUGAUUCUGCAGAUACCAAUGGGUCUGAUAACUCCAUCCCAAUGGCAUAUCUUACAUUAGAUCAUCAGUUGCAGCCUCUAGCACCAUGUCCAAACUCAAAAGAAUCUAUGGCUGUGUUUGAACAGCACUGUAAAAUGGCCCAAGAAUAUAUGAAAGUUCAAACAGAAAUUGCCUUAUUGCUGCAAAGAAAGCAAGAACUAAUAGCAGAACUGGACCAGGAUGAAAAAGACCAGCAAAAUACAUCACGUCUAGUACAAGAGCAUAAAAAGCUUUUAGAUGAAAAUAAAAGUCUCUCCACCUACUACCAGCAAUGCAAAAAACAGUUAGAGGUCAUCCGAAAUCAACAACAGAAACGUCAAGGGACAUCAUGAUUCAUGGGACCCCAGAUUGACAGUGAAGCACAGGAACUUCUUCUUUUUUUUAAAAUUAUCCCAUAAUAAUAUGACAACUUCCUUAUUGGUGUGUGCUGAAUGUGUAGAUAUACCUGCUGCUCUUCCAAAACCAAUGCAGUAUGGUUUUCUUUGGGUGAACAUUGAGUUGUUUGAGAAAGUUAAGAGCGGCUACAUGAAUAAUCAACAGCACUAACCAUGAAGCAAAAUAUAAUGAACUCUGGCUGUUUGCAUGCCCCUUGUGUGAUGGCUAUUCUACCAAAACUGAUUAAGUGGCUGCUAUAUUGUAAGAUCAUUAGGUUUUCAUGCAAUAGGAGCAGUAUAGAAUUUUUCUAUUUUUAAAAUGUUUUUGUUCUUCUUUCCUUUUGAACUGUUUGCCAAAGCAGUCAUUUUCCAGGGCUCCUGAGUACAUCAUGUUCAAGAGAUAAUGCUGGUGAAGCAAUGCAUUCUUCUAAUUGUGUUGUUCUUCAUGCAUUUGGCUCCUCUAUAUCAAAGGGAUUUCUUAGGCAUAUCUCUUCUUAAAUAUUCUGAUGCAGUGGGAGAGACAUCAAGAGGUAGUCCCUUUCAGGCCCUCCCGGUUCUUUUAUAUGAUCCCUUCCUUGAUUUAUCAUCAUGAACAACCUUCCAGACCUCUAGUUAGCGGUUGACAAGAAUAGUAGUUUCAUCGUCUUAUGCUUUAGAAAUUAAGUGAAUUUGCUUGCAAAAUCCAAGCAUUUCUGUUCCAUCUUUUGGAAGCAAUAAUUAGAACUUGGUUGAAAAAUAACUUGUGUUAACAGCAUACAUCCUCAAUUUAGUAAAUUCUCACAUUUACCUUCUUUUUUUGUUUCUUUUAUAACAAGACCCACAACAAAAUGAGGAUUUCAUAUAUGACACUGUGCCCCAAAUUUCAAAAGUACUGUGGAAAAUUACCAUAGGAGUUUUGCAAAUCAAGUCUUUGAAACAAGUCUAAUUAAAAAACCAAAUUUAUCAAAUAAUUAAAAAUAUACCUAUCAAUCUGUACUUAGAAUUGUUUGAUAGAAAUACAUUAAAUUUCAUCUUCAGAUGCCAUGGGUAAGCAAUUUCUUGUAGCCAGAGAUGCCACUUUUCCUUGUUUAAAUAUUUUUCCCUCCUAUAUGGGCUGGAAGGAACAUGGCAAUCAUAACACAGGCAUAAAUGACAUUUUUGGCCUGGAAUGUUUGUGGGGUGAGGGGGAGGAAUAUUAGAUGGAAAAUGUAUUAGGUCUAAUGAAACCUUAAGUAUACUUUUGCUUUUUUUUCAUGCCCACCAAAAUCUUAUAACUAAAAUUUUGGCAGCACAAUCUGGACUGGGCUUGCCCCUGGUGGAAGUUACAAACUCAAAUGUUUACAUUGAAAGGUAGCUAUGAGUAGCGGGAGCUAUAUUUUUUGUUCUGUAUGAAAUAUGAAGCCAAGUCCUUCACCUGUUCCUUGCAAAUAGGACCUGCAUUCAACACAGCCUUUUCUCAUGAAGAAAAUAUAUGGUUGUAGCCUCAACAUGGCAAUACAUUUCUUAAGCAUUUGGAACAACUUUGGGUAUUGAAUGACUUGAAACUUUACAGCAGUGAUUGCUAUUGUUAAACUACCCAAGCGCUCUUUGAAAUCUUGGUGUUCAGUUCAGAUUUGCAUCAUAUAAAAUUGUCCUUUAUAGAACAAUCUGAAACAUUUGAUCUGUGUUAGCUAUUCUCUCAAAGAAUGAAAGAAAACAUAAGAUAUUUCAAAUCCACAUGUUGACCCUCAAAUACUAUUUUAAUGUAACUUUGGCUUCACAAAACUGUGGUAUGCAUAGAGUUAGAAUGUGACAUUCUAUUGUCUACUCAUCAACAAGUACUGCUAUAUUUACUAGAGCCCAGUGGUUAGAAUGCAGUAUUGCAAGCAAACACUGUCCAUAGCCUGGAGUUUCAUCUUGACGGGGCUCAAGAUUGACUCAGCCUUCCAUCCUUCCGAGGUUGGUAAAAUGAGGACUCAGAUUGUUAGGGGCAAUAUGCUAACAUUGUAAACUGCCCAGAGAGUGCUGUAAAGCAGUAUGGAGUGGUAUAUAAGUCUAAGUACUAUUGCUAUUACUAGGCUCUUUUCCCCCAGUAAGAGUUUGUUCAUAUAGAAUUGAAGCCUUGCUAUCUGGCCAUGUCUGAACUCAGUAGAGCUGACAUAAGAGUAAGUAAUUAUAGGAUUGCAAUAUUUUCUCUUGUGUGUUUCUUUAAACUGAGAGAUUGCUGAAAAACAUCAGGGUCUGUGCUUUGAAAACAGUCUUUAAAAUAAAUUUAUUCUUGGCAAGUUAUAAGAGGUAAAACCAAAAUUAUUUUACAUAAAUGAAGGACAAACAUAAUUCCUGAAACCCAUAUUAGCAAAUUUGAUUUGGUGGCUGAAAUAGACAUUGCUAUCAAUUUAAGGGUAUGCAUAUUUAUAGUCACUGGCAAGGAGAAAACAAGAAUAGGAAUAGCAGAAGCUAUCUGUAGCACUGCUGUUUACUGCAUAUAUCUCAGGUUAGUCAAAUGGAUGCAGUUGUGAUGCUCUGCUUUUCCAAAGAGAAAACAUUAAAGCCUGACCUGUUACAUCAUAGGCUACAAUUACAAGUGAAGAUCUGCAAUAAUCUUGUCUAUUGUGUGCUAUGUGUUGGGCUAUACUCACUAUAUUGAAAGGAGGAAAACUAGAGUCACAGUUUUGUGGUCCACAAGGAAUGACUGCACCAUUGGUGAGAAAUUAUAUUCUAGAUUUUCAGAAACUGUUAUAUGCCAGUAGAACAGAAUUGGGAGUCUAGAAGACAUAAGAAAUGGAAUGAAUGAGGACAAAGGCCGAUUUUGCUCUUCUGCCUCUAAGCAAGAACCAGAACUUUGUAUCUCCUUCGAAAGCCAAACUAAAGCAAAAAUAAAAAUAGUAUAUAUUCUUUCAUUCA